CAUUUUCAGUUAUAAGUCGGAGUGUGUGAAUGGACGGUUAUUAGAGAAUCAAACGGGAGUAAUGGAUACCAGUGAAAGUAUAAAUUUUGAAAAUUUUGAAAUGAAAUUGAUUGAAGUAUUAGUAGUGGAUGAUACUGACUGUUUUGUGACACAAAAUAUAAAUAGAAUCAUUUGAAUAGUCCUGUGUCAGGGAGAAAAUACUUAAAAGAAAAGUGUUGAUAAUCUGCAGCGUAAUACACAAUGGAUGUUUGUUCAAUAGAUGAUAACACUAAAUAAUUAACUUUGUGUUGAUAAUAAAAGACAAUGCAACAAAAUUGGUCGUUCUAUGCAACGGAGAUCAGUUAAAAACGAUUUGUGCAAGAGACAAAAACUAAUUUGUAAACAAAAGAGUGCUCGUAACAAUAGUGCGUUUGGAUUAAACAAAAAUUAUUUAAAUGCAGAGCAUGUCUAAGACCUUAUGUAAUCAGUUUGUAAUAACAACAUUAAAAAUAUGGAAUUUGUGGUAUUUCAUUGUAAAAAUAAAGUAAUUUGAAAAGACAAAAACGAAAGAACCAAAAAACAAAACCAAAGAAAAUUCGAAUUUUCGAAAAGAUGGAAAGCGAUUUUCAACCAGUAUUAUAUGGGGCCGUCAUGGCAAACGGCAGCAUACGACCGUCAGCCGAUCGUGUAUCACACAUCAAAGCUGAUGUAAUCAGUUGGAUGUUCGUUGAUGGCAUCAUCCUGAUCGUCAUCUUCUGCGGCAACAUCCUAACAAUAUUGGCCAUUAGACUUAGUAAAAAGUUGCAAAGUUACACAUCGAACAUGUUUGUGCUGUCGUUGGCUAUAUCCGACCUGGUUGUUGGAUUGACAUUACCAUAUCACUUAGUAUUUUAUAUGGGAUCUGGUGUUGGCAACAAGGCGCCGACAUGUUUGAUGAGAUUUUUCCUGAUUAUAAUGGCAUGUACGGUGUCCAUUUGGAAUUUAAUAUCGAUCGCUAUCGAUCGUUAUGUGGCGAUUGUUUAUCCAUUGCAUUACGUGAGGUACAUCAGCCGAAAAGUAGCAACGUGUCUGAUAAGUAUUGGCUGGAUCAUUGGAAUUGGCAUCGGAUUGAUUCCAAUGUUUUGGAAUAAUUGGAAAACAGCACAAGAAUGUGAAUUUGAUGAAAUUCUACCACCCUGGUAUAUGGCCGGUGUUAUUACACCCAUAUUUUCAACUGUCUGGAUAUUUAUGCUCUUACUCUAUGUACGCAUCUGUCGUGAAGCCUCCAAGCACGUUAAGCUGUUACGAUCGUCGUUCAGUGGUGCGAAUGAAAGUUGGUCAGAUUGGAAAUCGGUACAAAUGGUACUACUGAUCAUGGGGUGUUUUACAGUCUGCUGGCUACCAUAUUUUGUAGUAGCAUGUGCACAAAUAUUUCAAUUUCUCGAAGAAAGCUCGCCGACCAUAUACAAAGCGGCAUUUUCUUUAGCCAUGGCGAAUUCAGGCAUGAACCCAAUCAUUUAUUCGUGGAAAAAUUCUAAUUUUCGUCAGGCAUUCAGCUGCUUAUUGCGCUGUAAAAGUCCCAAUAACUAUGACAAUUUUAAUAACACAGACUGUGCCAAAAACACAGCGUGUAAACGUAGUGGCACCGAAUUGCAACAAAAUAUCGAGAGAAACAUGAUUGAACAUCCGAAAAACUGUACGACAGCUAAUAAUAACCAUAGUGCUAAUGAACGAGCUACGCGUGCCGAACCGAUUGAUAAAAUUGAAAAUUUAUCGCAAAAACAUAGUUUCACUGUAAUUGUACACAGUACGGGCAAAGUGAUUACAGGAAACUUAAUAGCAAACAAAUUUGAUAUGGUGGACGUAGAAGCAACACAUGAUGGAGCACGUAAGUGAAUAAAUAUUUGUUCAAUGGUAAAAAGAAAAUUGUUUGGUUCUAAGUUGUCCAUUUUAAUAUGUGGAGUUGUUCUGAACUUGGAAAAUUUAUAUUUACCGUAACUUGUCAUCCAAAAAAAUUAAAAAUGGUUUUUAAAUAAAGAGAAAUA